AAUAGAGCAGGCUUUUGACAUUUUGUUUUGGUGCGAAUAAUUUUUCUAUUCUUCAAAUUUUGUAGGAAAAUAAACGAUCUUCAAGCCGCUCUCUAGGUCUUUUUGGAAUUUUUCUCCUUUCCCAACAUGGGAAAUUGUUUAAAGAGAUCGGAACAGGACGAUAUUUCCUUGUUACAUGAGGAUGAAAGCGCAGAUUCCCCAACAAGAGGAGAACCACCGCCACCAUAUCAAGAAGAGUCUCCAAUUUACAUACAAAGUCAGCACGCUCCACAUCUAUUAUCAGAAGAACAGCAAAUUCGUCUAGCUCAACGUUUAGGACUGAUUCAACAUUUACCAGUAGGAGUAUAUGAUGGAUCGAAAGGAAAAAAGAGAGAAUGUGUUAUAUGUAUGACAGACUUCAUGGUUGGCGAUCCAAUCAGAUUCCUUCCCUGUAUGCAUAUAUAUCAUAAAGAAUGUAUCGACGACUGGCUUGUUAGGUCAUUUACUUGUCCUUCUUGUAUGGAACCCGUAGAAGCUGCACUUUUAUCAACCUAUGAAACACCCGAGUGAUUUUGAAUUGUAAUGAGUAAAUAUUGAAGAAUAUUCUGCAUGUUUUAGAAACCAUCUUUUAUAAUCUCGAUUCUGCAUGUAUGUUAUGCUAAAAAUCUCACACCAAUUCAAACAAGGUGCAAUAAUGCCACAGGUUAAGUGCCAAUCAUGUUUUAUAAAAUGCAGUACUUUGAGGUAUAUUCAACUUGGUCGGCAUGUAGGUGUUGAGCAUAUCCCAUUGGGCUAUAAUUAGACUAUCACACCUCAAAAGGGGUCCAAAUGGUUUAAACAAAUUGAUUGAGAGAUUAUUCUUUUAACAAAGCUUGACAUGGGAUUUCAUCAACAAUUUCUGAUGUUACUUAUUAAAUAUACUAGCUAUAUCAAUAUCUAAGACAUUUAAAGGUCAUAUUAAAAUGGCCCAAAUAGUUACUUUAUAAUACAGGUUUUUGGUACAAUUAAUGACUAUUAAUUGUGUGAGAAAAAAGAGAAAAAAGAGAAAAAAGAAUAUAUGACAACCAUUAAUUAGCUUAUUUAUACCCUUGUUACUAUGGUAACUAUUAUGUUGUGUCUGGUAAAACGUUUUUGUUUUUUUAUAUUCAAACAGUAUCUAUGGAUACCACCUAUACCUAGUAUUUUAUAUAAAAUGUGACAGGUAUGGCUUACAUGUUACGAUAAUAUUUAAUCCAUGCCGUGCUUGUCAGUGCUUAGAGGAAAGGCUUGACUACACAAUGCAACCUCAUCAACUUACCUUAAACAUUGUCUGUAAUGUUGCCUACAUUGACAUCGCCUGCUUUGGGAAAAUCACACUGUGUCCACCCAAAACAUCACCAGUGAUAUCACAAAAAUAGAACUCAUUUCUAAUUCUGCCACGUAGGCAUCCCAACAUUGCACAACAGUUGCACUUGUGGACACAGUGCGAUUUCCCUGUUGCAGGCAAUUAUGCACAGGCAAUGUUGCAUUGUGUGUCUAAGCCUUUGUAGCACAGUGUUUGUAAGAUAUGACUGAAGUUGAAUGAGAAGCUAGGCGAGUGAUUUUCUGCCCAAAUUCAGCAUUGUGAUUGAGAAAAAGGCAAAAAAACCCAAAUCAAGUGUCUUUUUGCUCACAAACAGCAAAGUGAGAGAGAAAAUGUCAAAAUAAUUAUUAAAAAUUCCUUUCUUGAUCCCCAUAAUAUAUGUCAAAUAAUUUGACAAGGUAAUUUCCGUUAAGAUAAGAUAAGAAUCUUCGUUGUUAAUAUAAUUCUGAAGUUUUGUUGUAAAGCUGUAAAGCUAUCAAAAAAAGUAGAUGUUCUAGGGGUGCUACAGAUGACUUAAAAUUCCUUUGAGAUAUAAAUAACAAUGAAGGCCACCAUGUUGGUUGAUCGAACAAGAGAAGCUAUAAUGAGGUAUGCUUCGAUAUAGUCAACCAACAUGGUGGCUAUGAUGUAACACGCAUCCCAACAAUAGAAAUAAUUAGUUUACUGCAAGUAAUUGUUAAGUAAACUAAGAAAAUGUACAUAACAGUUUGUUUUUAGUUAUUAAUUAAUUUGUAAAUAAAAUAAAAUGUUGAACACUCAAAA